AUGGAUGAUGAUAUAUGUCCAAAAUUUGUUGUUUUGAGAACGUAUCUACCUGAUAAUUCGGGAGAAUCUUCGUCAGGCUUUUUUGAAGAUUCGAAUAGUCUCAAUAAGUAUUGUCCUAAUAAAAACUGCAAUACUGAUCUCGAUAAAAUUACGGCUGGGUUUUUAUGGUUACUUGAACAAUAUUGUUCUAUAUCCCAAAAGGAAAAUUAUGAUGAAAGUAAUAUUAAUUUAUUUUUUCUAUAUAUUAUUUCAUGGUUAAGUUACAAAUUAAAUCAAAAUUCAAAACACAAUUUCACCACAAUAAACGAUUUUUAUACUAAACAUGUAAAUGAUAAUCAUAAAUAUAAUAAUUUUAUAAAUGACGCCAGUAAAUUUAAAAAUCUUAAGGAAACUAUCGAUAAAAAAAAGGAUUUUUUGGAUAUUAAUAUUUACGAUAUGGCUAAAUUUUAUGAUUCAUUCAAAUUUUUAUGCAGUAUGCAUGGUAAUGUUGCAAUGGGUAAUUAUGACGAAAAACUGUCAAAUAAUGCUAUUCAUUUUUUCAACAAAUAUACAGAUAUCAACGAUUAUUAUAAUGUUGAAGGUACCCCACAUAGUCAAAUAUUGUCUGCUUUAUUAACUGAUUAUAAUAAAUUAAAAACUAAUUGUGCUAGCAAAAUUACUAAUCCUAAGAAAUUCCCAAGUCUUCCAACAGGAAGAGCAACAAAAUCAUUUUUACGAAAUUCGUCUAUACAAAUUUCAGUAAUCCCAAUGACAUUUAUUUUUUGUGCAUUACUUAUAUAUUUAGGAAUUGUAUAUAAGCGUUCAUCAUUUGACUUUCGAAAAAGGCUUCAAAAACUCAAUUUAAGAAUCAAAAAAAUAAAGAGGAAAAUAAAUCAUUAA